GACUGGGCAGUUGCCGAAGGCCCUGGGGGGGGGCCCAGACUGUGGUUGUGUGCCCCCCCCCCAGCAUGGGCCCAAGUUAGUCAGCCUCACCCCAUUCGGCAUCCUCCAGGCCCAGAGGGAACCCCAGGGGCUCUGAAGGCUUGACCCACCACCUGGCCACCAUGGAGACAAAGCUGCCCCCUGCAAGCACCCCCACCAGCCCUUCUUCCCCAGGGCUAUCGCCUGUGCCCCCACCCGACAAGGUGGAUGGCUUCUCCCGCCGUUCCCUCCGCAGGGCCCGGCCCCGGCGCUCCCAUAGCUCCUCCCAGUUCCGCUAUCAGAGCAACCAGCAAGAGCUCACGCCACUGCCCCUGCUCAAAGAUGUGCCAGCCUCGGAACUGCACGAGCUCUUGAGCCGGAAGCUGGCCCAGUGUGGGGUGAUGUUUGACUUUUUGGACUGUGUGGCUGACCUGAAGGGGAAGGAGGUGAAGCGGGCAGCACUCAAUGAGCUGGUGGAGUGUGUGGGGAGCACCCGGGGGGUCCUCAUUGAGCCUGUCUACCCAGACAUCAUCCGCAUGAUCUCAGUGAAUAUCUUCAGGACCCUACCACCCAGUGAGAACCCUGAAUUUGAUCCUGAAGAGGAUGAACCCAACCUGGAGCCUUCCUGGCCACAUCUGCAGCUGGUAUAUGAGUUUUUCCUGCGUUUCUUGGAGAGCCCAGAUUUUCAACCCUCUGUGGCCAAGAGAUAUGUGGAUCAAAAGUUUGUGCUGAUGCUCCUGGAGCUAUUUGAUAGUGAGGACCCCCGGGAGCGUGAGUACCUCAAGACCAUCCUGCACCGGGUCUAUGGCAAGUUCCUGGGGCUCCGGGCCUACAUCCGCAAACAGUGCAGCCACAUCUUCCUCCGGUUCAUCUAUGAACUUGAGCACUUCAAUGGUGUGGCUGAGCUGCUGGAGAUCUUAGGAAGCAUCAUCAAUGGCUUUGCACUGCCCCUGAAGACCGAGCACAAGCAGUUCCUGGUCCGGGUCCUGAUUCCCCUACACUCUGUCAAGUCACUGUCUGUUUUUCAUGCCCAGCUGGCAUACUGUGUGGUGCAGUUCCUGGAGAAGGACGCCACCUUGACAGAGCACGUGAUCCGGGGGCUGCUGAAAUACUGGCCAAAGACCUGUACACAGAAGGAGGUGAUGUUUCUGGGGGAGAUGGAAGAGAUUCUUGAUGUCAUUGAGCCCUCCCAGUUUGUGAAGAUCCAGGAGCCGCUCUUCAAGCAGGUGGCCCGCUGUGUGUCCAGCCCCCAUUUCCAGGUUGCAGAGCGGGCUCUGUAUUUCUGGAACAAUGAGUAUAUCCUGAGCCUCAUCGAGGACAACUGCCACACUGUGCUGCCUGCUGUGUUUGGGACCCUCUACCAAGUCUCUAAGGAACACUGGAAUCAAACCAUCGUAUCUCUGAUCUACAACGUGCUCAAGACGUUCAUGGAGAUGAAUGGAAAGCUGUUUGAUGAGCUCACAGCCUCCUACAAGCUAGAAAAGCAGCAGGAGCAGCAGAAGGCCCGGGAGCGUCAGGAGCUAUGGCAAGGCCUGGAGGAGCUGCGGCUACGCCGGUUACAGGGGACCCAAGGGGCCAAAGAGGCACCCCUCCAACGGCUUACAGCCCAGGUGGCCACUAGUGGGGGUCAGAGCUAGAGAUCCCCUAGAAGGGGAGGAGCUAAAUCCAGAGCUAUCAGUCCCUCCAUCCCCUCUCCUACCCAGGGGCCCAGAGAGACACACCUACACCUGGCCUUGCCAGAGCAGGCUUGGAGGGCUCCCUGCCUGGCCCAGCAUGGGCAGCUUUCACUGUGGGGAGAGGAGGAGAGGAGAUGGUGGUCCUGGCAACAGAACUCUCAGGCCUUUGUGGCAGGACUUGACCAGGGCAGGCUUGACCAGGAAGCUGCCACUGGGGACUGCACCUGCCCCGCAAAGCUGGGCUCCAGACUGCAGGCCGGUUCCCCCCCCUGCUCCCGCCUAGAGCAAGGGGACUCAGCCCCUCGCCUGCCCCGCCUCGUGCCAGCACGGGGUCCUUCCUCACCCUACCAUGGGAUCCAUGGUCUAUUUAUUCUCCCCAGCUCACCCCAACACAUGCCCCUGGGGGCAUGUUCUUUCCCUCCCCUCCCUCACCCUGUACUUCCUUGUCCCUUUUUAUUUAUUGGGCAGGGGGAGGGGUGAGGGCACAGGCAGAAGAGAUUCCCCGUGUCCUAGGGUGGGGGGGUGUCACAGUUACCAUAGUCUGUCCCCCUUCCCCUGGCUGGGGGUAGACUUUAAAUAAAGAGAGAAACUUGA